AUGGCCUCCAAAACCUUUCUUCGUCGUUGCUAUUCUUCUUCUGAAACCAAAUUCUCAUCUUUAUUGACAAAUUCAUGUAAAGUGACUACAACUAUACCAAAAUAUUCAGUACAUAACGUUGAAGAGGUAGCCAGGCUUGAUAAAUUCAUUCAAAAAGAUUGUAAAGAAGGUACUAUCACUCUUGAUGAAGCACGCCAUUUCUUUUGUUUAAUGACUCAUGUGCAACCCAAACCACCGAUUUCUUCAUUCAACCAGUUGUUUGGAGCUCUUGCUAAGAAAAAGUUUUAUGAAGACGUUAUUUUGCUGUACAAGAGAGUGGGUUUAAUUGGGUUGUUGCCGGAUUUGAUUACUUUGAAUAUUUUAAUUAAUUGUUUUUGUAGUGUGGGUAGAGUAUGUGAUGGUUUUGUUGUUUUUGGGAGGAUUUUUAGGUGGGGUUUUAGCCCAAAUGUUGCGACUUUGACUUCUUUGAUUAAAGGAUUCUGUUUGGAGAAUAGGAGUUCGGAGGCUAGGAGGUUGUACAAGAAAAUGGCUGUGUUUGGGAUUAUGCCUAACGUGAUUACGUAUGUGACUUUGAUUAAUGGGUUGUGUCAAACAGGUAAGGUAGAGGAAGCUAAUGGGUUGAUGGAAUUGAUGAUUCAAAGAGGUUUGCAGCCUAAUGUGGUGACAUUUAAUACAAUGAUAAAGUGGCUUUGUAGGGAGGGGAAGAUGGAAGAAGCUAAUAGGUUGCUGGAAUUGAUGAGUCAAAGAGGUUUGCAGCCUGAUGUGGUGACGUUUAAUACAAUGAUAAGUGGGCUUUGCAAAGUGGGGAAGAUGGAGGAAGCUAAUGCCUUGAUGGAAUUGAUUAGUCAAACAGGUUUGCAGCCUGACGUGGCGACGUUUAAUACAAUGAUAAGUGGGCUUCGCAAGGAAGGGAAGAUGGAGAAAGCUAAUGGCUUGAUGGAAUUGAUGAGUCAAAGAGGUUUGCAGCCUAAUGUGGUGGUGUUCACUACAAUGAUAGGUGGUCUUUGCAAGGUGGGGAAGAUGGAGGCAGCUAAUGGCUUGAUGGAAUUGAUCAGUCAAAGAGGUUUACAGCCUGAUGUGGUGACAUUUAAUACAAUGAUAAGUGGGCUUUGCAAGGAGGGGAAGAUGGAGGAAGCUAAUGGCUUGAUGGAAUUGACGAGUCAAAGAGGUUUGCGGCCUGAUGUGGUUGCGUGCACUGCAAUGAUAAGUGGGCUUUGCAAGGUGAGGAAGAUGGAGGAAGCUAAUGGGUUGUUUGAAUUGAUGAAUCAAAGAGGUUUGCAACCUGCUGUGGUGGCGUUCACUACAAUGAUAGGUGGGCUUUGCGAGGUGGGAAAGAUGCAGGAAGCUAAUGGGUUGUUGGAAUUGAUGAAUCAAAGAGGUUUGCAGCCUGAUGUGGUGACAUUCACUACAAUGAUAAGUCGGCUUUGCGAGGUGGGGAAGAUGGAGGAAGCUAAUGGGUUGUUGGAAUUGAUGAAUCAAAGAGGUUUAUCAAGAAUAUCCAUCAAUCAAACGAAAAAUGCAACACUGGAACUAAUUGCUAAAUACGGUUCCAAGAGUUGA